AUGGUAAUAGCUGUAGGUAAAACAGGAGUUAGACCAGUGGCUCUAGUCUGUGAUCAGGGUACAGCAUUUCAACAUGCCCUAAAGAGUCUUCAAGAGGAUACAAGGCGAGAGCAAAAAAUUUUAGAUGGAAGGAUUGAUGAUAUGAUUGUAAUUAAUGGCCAUACACUUAGUGUAAUUCACGAUUUACGUCAUCUAAUAAAAGGAUUUUAA